GGUUCGAAAGAACGUUUGUUGUUUUGAUGAGCAUGAACCGACCCCAAUUGACCACAUCAAUAUAGCUAGACCUAGCUUGUGUACCAUCAUAUAGCCAGCAGAGCUCUGCCCAGUCUUGUUCCACUGCAAACGACCCAGGUUGAAUCCACAACUGGAAGCUCAUCGAAGCUCUCCCUGCCUUUACGAUACGCUCCGGAACCGUGCAGACUAUCUGAACCGCUCGAGCGCAUAACGAGCGACCGAAGUAGCUAGCUGGAGCGAGCACAUCCUCGACCGUCCGGAAUCUGAUUUCCAAGUUUUAAACUGGGGAGCUCUUAUUCGUCGACAUCAUGUCUUCAGCGGCUUAUUCCACGAUCAAGCUUUUUUCCGGGUCGAGUCACCCGGAAUUGGCACAGUUGAUUGCGAAACGCCUCCGGAUCCCCCUCGCUAAAGCUCAAAUCACCCAAACCCCCUCGGGAGAAUCAAAGAUCAAGAUUCAAGAAUCCGUCCGUGACUACGACGUCUACAUCAUGAACACCGGCGCUGGGGUGAUCAAUACCUCCUUGCUCGAGCUGUGUAUCAUGAUCCACGCCUGCAAGAUCGCUUCCGCGAGGCGGGUGACGGCCAUCAUGCCCCAUUUCCCUUAUGCUAGGCAGGACAAGAAGGAUAAGAGCAGGGCGCCGAUCACGGCCAAGUUGGUCGCUAACAUGUUGAGGGAGGCUGGGUGUGAUCAUGUUAUCACGAUGGAUCUGCAUGCGAGUCAGAUUCAAGGGUUCUUUGACGUACCCCUCUAUGCGGAACCAUCAAUGAUCUACUGGAUGCGAGAAAAUUUGGACAUUCAGAAUUGCAUCAUCGUCAGCCCCGACGCUGGUGGUGCCAAGCGAGCGACCUCGAUCGCAGACCGACUCAACGUCGAAUUCGCCCUCUUCCACAAGGAACGUAAAAAGGCCUCCGAGAUCGCCCGUAUGGUCCUCGUCGGUUCCGUCAAAGGCAAGAUCGCCAUCCUCGUCGACGACAUGGCCGACACCUGUGGGACCCUCGGACUGGCCGCCAAGAGGUUGUUGGAAGAAGGAGCUACCCAGGUCUAUGCCGUCGUCACUCAUGGGAUCUUGAGCGGGCCCGCGCUCCAGGUGAUCGGGGAUAGCGGAUUGGAAAAGCUGGUCGUCACGAAUACGAUCCCGCAGGGGGAGAAGGCGGCGGCGUGUGACAAGAUCGAGGUUGUGGAUAUCAGUCUGGUACUGGCCGAGGUCAUCCGAAGGAGUCACUUUGGUGAAUCCGUCUCAUACUUGUUCAAUGAGGUACCCAUCGCUUUCGACGCGUUCCAGCAGUAAAAGCUGCCUGUUUGCGACAAAGGUCGGACGGUCAGGCUGGUCUUUGACAAGAGGAAAGAGAGCGAGGGCCGAACACAGGUUUUACCCCCCGGCUCGUUGUAAGGAAGGAAAGGGCCCGUGCGUGGCCCUGUGUGUAUUUUAUUCGUCUCGAUCAAGAUCGCAACAACUAUAGAAAUCAGAAAUGUCCUCCCG